AUGCUCCCCUGGGUCACUCACCUGCUUGGCCUGCAGCUGUCCCUGGCCUGCUGCUGCUGGGCUUUAGGCUGUCACGAAAUGGAGUCCUCCCCUGAUUUCAGCCUCCCUGGGGAUUACAUCAUGGCGGGCUUGUUCGCUCUCCACACUGAUUGUCCAGGGGUGAGACACAAACCUGAGGUGACUGUAUGUGACAGACCCAGCAACUUCAAUGGCCACGGCUACCACCACUUCCAGGCCAUGCGGCUUGCCAUUGAGCGGAUCAACAACUCCACGUCCCUGCUGCCCAAUGUCACUCUGGGCUAUGAGCUUUACGAUGUGUGCUCGGAUUCCGCCAACAUGUAUGCUGUGCUGAGUGUUCUCACCCUGAGGGGGACACAACACAUACAGAUCCAAAGAAACCUGUCUCACUAUUCUCCUAAGACAGUGGCGGUGAUUGGGCCUGACACCACCAACCAUGCUGCCACCGCUGCAGCCCUCCUGAGCCCCUUCCUGGUGCCCCUGAUCAGCUACGAGGCCAGCAGUGUGAUGCUCAGUGCUAAGCGGCAGUACCCAUCUUUCCUGCGCACCAUUCCUAGCGACAAGCACCAGGUGGAGACCAUGGUGCUGCUGCUCCAGAGGUUUGGCUGGGUCUGGAUCUCACUGGUGGGCAGUGAUGGUGACUACGGGCAGCUAGGGGUGCAGGCACUGGAGAAGCAGGCUACCCAGCAGGGUAUCUGCAUUGCCUUUAAGGAUAUAGUGCCUUUUUCAGCACAGGCAGGUGAUGAGAGGAUGCAGGGCAUGAUGCGUGACCUGGCCCAGGCCAGGACCACUGUUGUGGUCGUUUUUGCCAGCAGGCAGCUGGCCAGGGUGUUCUUCGAGUCCGUGGUUCUGGCCAAGCUGACUGACAAGGUGUGGGUUGCCUCGGAGGACUGGGCCAUCUCCAUGCACAUCACCAAGGUGUCAGGGAUUCAAAGCAUUGGCAUGGUGCUGGGCGUGGCCAUCCAGCAGAGGCUGGUCUUGGGCCUGAAGGACUUUGAAGAGGCCUACGUCCAGGCAGCCAAGGGAACACUCAGACCAUGCCCCCAGGGCUCCUGGUGCAGUAGCAAUCAGCUCUGUAAAAAGUGCUGGGCUUUCACGGGGGACAGGAUGCCCACACUUGGCGCCUUCUCCAUGAGUUCUGCCUACAAUGUCUACCAGGCUGUCUAUACCGUGGCCCGUGGCCUCCACCAGCUCCUAGGCUGCUCCUCGGGAGCCUGUUCUGUGGGCCCUGUCUACCCCUGGCAGCUUCUGGAGCAGAUCCAGAAGGACACCUUGACCUUUAACGACAAUGGGGACCCCCUCAGUGGCUAUGACAUAAUUGCCUGGGACUGGAGUGGCCCAAAAUGGACCUUCAGGGUUAUUGGCUCUUCUUCAUGGUCUCCAAUUCAGCUGGACAUCAAUGAGACCAAAAUCCAGUGGCAUGGAAAGAACAACAAGAUGCCCGAGUCUGUUUGCUCCAGAGACUGUUUGGAAGGGUACCGGCGCAUGGUCAUGGGUGUCCACCACUGUUGCUUUGCAUGCAUGUCCUGUGAGGCUGGGACCUUCCUCAACAAGAGUGAUCUCUACAGCUGCCAGCCAUGUGGCAAAGAAGAAUGGGCACCCAAGGGAAGCCCGACCUGCUUCCCACGCACAGUGGUGUUUUUCACCUGGCACGAUCCCAGCUCUUGCGUGUUGGUGGUGGCUAAUACACUGUUGCUAUUGCUAUUAGUUGGGACUGCUGGCUUGUUUGCCUGGCACCUCGAUACCCCUGUGGUGAGGUCAGCGGGCGGCAGGCUGUGUUUUCUCAUGCUGGGCUCCCUGGCGACGGGCAGCUGUAGCCUCUAUUGCUUCUUUGGGGAGCCCACGCUGCCCACUUGCUUGCUGCGCCUAGUCCCCUUUGCCUUUGGGUUCACCAUCUUCCUGUCUUGCCUGACUAUACGCUCCUUCCAACUGGUCUUCAUCUUCAAGUUUUCUGCCAAGGUCCCCACGUUCUACCAUGCUUGGGUCCAAAACCACGGUCCUGGUGUGUUUGUGGUGCUCAGCUCAACAGUACAACUGCUGAUCUGUCUAACAUGGCUUGCGGUGUGGACGCCACUCCCCACCAGGGAAUACCAGCGUUUUCCUCAGCUGGUGAUACUUGAGUGCACUCAGGCCAACUCACUAGGCUUCAUGCUGUCUUUUGCCUACAAUGGCCUUCUCUCCGUGAGUGCCUUUGUCUGCAGCUACCUGGGCAAGGACCUGCCAGAGAACUACAAUGAAGCCAAGUGUGUCACCUUUAGCCUGCUCCUCAACUUCGUGUCAUGGAUCACCUUCUUCACCGUGGCCAGUGUCUACCAGGGCAAGUACCUGUCCGCUGUCAAUGUGCUGGCCGUGCUGAGCAGCCUGUGUGGCGGCUUCAGUGGCUAUUUCCUCCCCAAGUGCUAUGUGAUCCUUUGCCGUCCAGAUCUCAAUAGCAAGGAGCACUUCCAGGCCUCCAUCCAGGACUACACGAGGCGCUGGGGCUCCACCUAA